AUGGCAGAUUCGCUCUCAGAUGCGGACAAGAUCCGUAACAAGCGCCUCGCCAAGCUCUCAAACCCAACACCUGCUCCCUCAAACGAUGGCCCAAGUGAUGCUCCUUCUACCUCUAAUAUAUCGUCGCCAUCCCAAACACCGUUGACCCAGCCUCCAAGCGAACUAUCGUCUACCCCCUCAUCCGCUGCACAGACUCCAACUCAACAAGAGGGGAAGAGGAUCAAGAUCACACCGGCUACUGUGACCCCAGACGUAGCUCGCUCAAGUGCUCCUUCUACACCAGGUACCCCUCAGCCCGUCAAAACCGAGAGCAUCGAAGCUUUUGAAGACCGAACAUUGAGCGCGGUGUUCAGAUUUACCCUGAAAGAGGACGCACAGCAGGACCAUCAUGGCAGACGAAUCUUUCUCCCAGGCUUGCGGAACGAACUCCAAGACGAGGGCAAAGACCUUCGCAUUGAGACAGCUUUGCUCGAUCAAGCGCUGUUAGAGGCAGCAUCUAAAGCAGAGAAUGGAAAACCGCUCGACUACUUAUUACCAUGCUGGAAACGAAUCACAAAGCUUCAUAAGAGCUUCCGGAAGGCAAGUGACAGUGAUCCUAAAUUCAAGGUUCUUUCGGAAGCAAGACGGUUGUGUAUGAGCUAUUGCAUCUUUGGCAUUACGAUGCCAGAAAUGUUCGGGCUUGACUCUCCUGAACGAUCCAUUUUGGCACCAUAUCUGUUGCUUGAUCCGGAAGACGACAAGGGCAUUGACUUUGAAUUCAUCAGCGAAGCUGUUCGCCGUUUCGAUGAGGAUGAUAGUGUAAAGCCGGCUUUCAUCGCUGCUGUAGAGGAGCUUAGCGCGGAAUUGUCUCGGAAGGACAUUAACGACGAUUAUAAGCCGUACUGCACGGCUUUGCGAAAUCUGGUUCGCCAUGCCACUAUCGCCUCGGCCAUCGCAGAGUCCUCGAUCUUCAAUGCUUCACGAGAUCCGGCUCAAUUUGAGAAGGUCACCCUCCUAGGCCCGUGGUUUCGUCUUUUUCCUCUACAGGCCAAUGUUACAAUGUCUUAUUUCAGCAGUCCCAAGACCCGGGACCAAGCAUACAUCUUGAAUGCCCAACGGUCACUUCGUAUGACGCAGCAGAUUGUCAAUACGGAUCUUCUGGACAUAAUCAACCACAUGAUUCGCGCUUCCAAGGAAGCUCGAGACCGGGUUUUGGAUUGGUUUGCAACUGCCUUGAACAUCAAUCACAAGCGAAGAGCAAUGCAAGUUGAUCCGGCGCAAGUUUCCAGUGAUGGCUUUAUGUUCAAUUUGACAACGUGCCUGGACCAGCUAUGCGAGCCUUUCAUGGAUGCUUCCUUCACCAAAAUCGACCGCAUUGAUGCUGAGUACCUCCACCGCGACUCCCGGGUCGAUAUGCGCGACGAGACUAAGAUUAAUGCCGACCAGCAUGCCGCAGAUGCAUUCUAUUCCAAGAAGGCGGAAGGGACUUCGAACUUCAUUACCGAAGUAUUCUUCUUGACAGUCGCUGCUCAUCACUAUGGAAGCGAAUCCUUAACCUCGAAACUUGAGCAACUAGAGAAGGAUCUGAAGCACAUGGAAUCUACCAUCACAAAAUUUGAACUUGAGCGACCCCGCUGGUCUGGGAAUCCCAUGCAACUCCGAACUUUCGAACAGGCGCUCAAAAAGUACAAGGAUAAGUUCGACCUCGGAAUGGCAUUGAAGUACAGUUUGCAAGGUGUGCUCUUUGAUGAUACCUGGCAGGCACGAUCCAUGCUAUUCAUGCGCUACGUGACCGUCUGGCUUUUGAGACUUGUCUCUGGUGUGAACUUCCCAAAGCAAAAGAUCACCCUGCCUCUUCCAGAGCAGCAGCCCGAGGUAUUCAAGUGCCUACCCGAGUAUUUCCUCGAUGACAUUGUGAGCAAUUUUAAAUUCAUCAUGUGGUGCAUGCCACAAAUCAUCACUGCCACACAAGGUGAUGAACUGGUCAUGCUUUGCAUUGCAUUCCUAGAGAGCUCGAGCUAUAUCAAAAACCCUUACCUCAAGGCCGGUCUUGUUUCAAUUCUCUUCCGUGGUACCUGGAACCGCCCAGGAGGCGCCCGGGGUGUUCUCGUGGACUUGCUGAACUCAAUGGAAUUUGCGAAUGACUAUCUUCUGCAUGCUGUCAUGAAGUUCUAUAUCGAGGCAGAACACACUGGUACUCACUCUCAAUUCUUCGAUAAAUUCAACAUUCGCUAUGAAAUCUUCCAGAUCAUCAAGUGCAUCUGGCCCAAUACCCUUUAUCGGGAAAAGCUAUCCUAUCAAGCAAGGCAGAACCUGGACUUCUUCGUCCAGUUUGUCAAUCUGCUUCUGAAUGAUGUGACCUAUGUUCUUGACGAAUCUUUCGGUGCUUUCAAGACGAUCAACAACCUCCAGCAAGAACUUGCGCGGGAGGGCAACUCGAUGGACCCCACCACCCGGCAAGAGCGUGAAGAGCACCUCUCAUCUGCUCAGCGGAGUGCCAAAUCGUACAUGCAGCUAACUAAUGAAACGGUUGCUAUGCUCAAGCUCUUCACUGAUGCCUUAGCGGAGUCAUUCACAAUGCCGGAGAUUGUCCAGCGUUUGGCAGACAUGCUGGACUACAAUCUGGACGCGAUGGUUGGCCCCAAGAGCUCUAACCUGCGUGUCGCCAACCUCCAAGAGUAUGGAUUCAACCCUCGCGCCCUCCUGAGCGAGAUCAUCGAUGUCUAUCUGAACCUGAUGUCCAAGGACAACUUCAUUACCGCCGUUGCUCGUGAUGGACGAUCUUACAAGCCUGCGAACUUCGAAAAAGCAGCCGAGAUCCUGCAAAAAUGGUCUUUGAAGUCACCGGAGGAGCUACGCCGCUGGAGCCAGCUACAGAAGAAAGUCCAGACAGCGAAGGAGCUUGAUGAGCAAGCAGAGGAGGACCUGGGCGAGAUCCCUGACGAGUUCCUGGACCCUCUUAUGUACACGCUCAUGGAAGACCCAGUCAUCCUGCCGUCAUCGCGUGUGUCCAUCGACCGUGCCACUAUUCGCUCGCACCUUCUCAGUGAUCCGCAUGAUCCUUUCAACCGUGUCCCCUUGACUAUGGAGAACGUGAUCCCAGAUACCGAUCUCAAGAGCAAGAUCGAGGCGUUCAAGGCUGAAAGGACCGGUAAAAGGACGGAGGCAAUGGAUGUGUCGGCUGGCUAG